CGUUCUGCACGCGUGGAUACAUUAACUCCUCUUCCUCCCUCCUUCGUUUCUCUUCAUUUUAUCGUCCAUAUUUCUUUGACUUGAUCAUUGUUGACGAAUGCGCUUGCGUGGUUAAGUGCGAUUGUGUCAUACUGUACCCUGUUCCCGACUUACCCAUUACCGACUGAGCCACCGACCGAGCCACCGACCGGCCUACCAAGCCAGCUACCUACCUCUUCGCAAACCGCUCACUCACCUCAUCUCAUCAUCCACCCCCCACACCUUCAAACACACAUCUUUCAGAUUCCACAAUGGCAUCAACCGACUACACUAAGAAGACCAACGCUGAGUUGAUCGACAUCCUCAAGUCGCGAAACCUCCCCCACACGGGCAAAAAGGCCGAGAUGGUGGCCAGACUCCAAGAAGACGAUACCAAGUCUACCGAUGCUGCCGAUGCUGCUGCACCCGUACCUGCCGCUGAUGCUCCCGCUAGCGCUACCAAGCCCGACACUGCGGAUGAUGUGAUCGAUUGGGAGGAUGACGAGGUUCCUGCUGCCGAUGCUGCCGAGAAGGCGACUGCUGCGGCGGGUGGGAAGGGAGAGGUCGAUACGCCGGCUCAGGUGCCGAACCAGAAGCAGGAUGUUGAUCCGGCGACUACCGACGACUUGAAGGUCGAGGCGACUGGAGGUGCUCCUGUGGAGCAGGAGGGAGAGAAGGAGGAGGAUAAGAAGGAAGGGGAGACGGCUACUACUGAGGCCGCUGCUGCCGAGGAAGUGAAGGCCACAGAAGAGAAGGCAGAGGAGAAGACAGAGGAAAAAGCGGAGGACAAGGAAGAGAAGCCGGCCGUUGAUUAUUCGGCUGGGUUGCCCGUUACAGAACUCGAGGAGGAAAUGAAGAAGAGAAAGGCGCGCGCGGAAAAGUUCGGCAUCACUGAGGAGUCCAAGGCCGCCAUUGAGGCGGCGGAGAAGCAGCUCGAGCGCGCAAAGCGCUUUGGCACCGCCGCGGCGAGUGCCGGAGAGGUUGGCGUUAAGAAGCUGGAUCAGGCGCUGCCGGAGAAGGAGGAAAAGUCGCGCAAGAGGACCCGCCCCGAGACAGACCAGGCGGGUCGCGGGGGGAAGAAAAGGGACGUCGGAGGGAGGAACAAGGUCCGUGGCAGGGGCCGUGGUGGAAGUCGUAACCAGCCUCAGGGUCGCCCUCAGAGGCAGCAGAAUGGCGCUGCCACUGCCGCCGCUGGGACAAAGACCAGGAACUGGAGUGACAAGGAUGUCCAGGCCAUGGAAGCGCGGAAGAAGAGAUUUGCUGCCGCGUAAUCCAAUGGUGUGAUAUGUGAUAUUCUGUUUAUCUCUGCUAUCUCUUUACAUGUUACUGGCGUUAGGGGAAUUCAAGCUUUGGUCUGAAAGUGCUGCAAACAGGAGUCGGGUGAGGGAUAUUGUGAUAACUGGCUGGAUGCCACUAAGACACCGGCCUGGCCGAUCGGUCGGCCACCAAGUGUAACUGGCAAUACGACCCGGUUAUUGGAUCGCACGGUGUGACAAGAACGCAGGGCUAUUGAGGAGAUCCCGACAGGCUCGUUGGUUCUGCCCGGAGAUUUCCCCUGGAGGGGUCAAAGACCCGUGCAAGGUGACAUGCGGGCAUCGCGCUCGUGUUGCUUUUUCCAUUGUUUUCUCUUCAUUCUAUUUACCUCAGACGAGGAAGCAAGCAGAAAUAUAAGGAGUUGACGCA